GAACUUGCAUUUCCUAACCAGCAUCCACUUGGAUUCCUUGGGUCUUUUCUGGCUUCUUUCACUCGAGGAGAACUAAGACAUUGUAAGCCUGCCAGGAUCUGGUGUUCUGGCUGAAAAGGACGAGGGGGGGGGGGGAGCAAAUUUGUACAACACUGGGGUCCUUUUUUAGAUUCGCACAUAAUUAAUGCGGGCACAAAGGGAGUCGCUGAAUAGGGGUUGUCCGUCUCUGGAUAGGGGUGAGUAGGAUUCCUUUCAUAUGUGAUCACUCGGUGAAGACAGCAUUUUUUACCCCCCCCCUCUGCUCGUCUCUUGCCCCCUGAUAUCUAACAUGAGCAAAGUGACUUGCCCUUUAUCCUUCUCCCCUGUUCUUUUCUUUUUUUUCCCCACACUGGAUUCCUCCCCCUUUCUAUAAGUAAAUACCUUGGGGGGAAAAACACACAAACAACACAAUUCACUACAAGAAAGGGAAUAGGAAAAAAAUACGAGAGCUGAUUUCCUGCCGGGGAGAGUUUACAAAUGACGAUGUGAACCAUGACAGAGUAAUACCGGAACGAUUCCAAUGGACAUUUUCUCUGCGGAUCUAUCUGAGGAUAUUCAGGCUGAUGGAUUUCCUUCUAAUUGGCUUGUACCUAAAGUGGCCCCUGAGGAAGCCCCCUGGGUUGAUACUGUUGCUGUGGUGCACGCUGGGCAUCAUGCUCAAAAUGGUCCCCUCGGUGGAGGGUGUCUGCCCACGGCUGUGCCGCUGCGACAGCAAGCUGCUCUACUGCGAAGGGCUCAAUCUCACCGACGUUCCGCGAAACCUGAGCAGCGCCCUGGGCCUGUCCAUGCGCGAGAACAACCUGACAGAGCUGCGCGAGGGCCACUUCACUGGCCUGUCGCAGCUCACCUGGCUCUACUUGGAUCAUAACAACAUCGACGUGGUGGAGGAGGGCACCUUCGACAGGCUGCGCCGGGUCAAGGAGCUCGACCUGAGCACCAACCAUAUCGAGAGCCUGCCCAACGGCACCUUCAGGCCCCUCCCCAACCUGCGCAUCCUGGACCUAUCAUACAACAGGCUGCAAGCGCUGGAACCCGACCUGUUCCACGGCCUGAGGAAGCUAACCAAUUUGCAUUUGCGCUACAACGCCCUCAAGUUUGUCCCAGUGAGGAUCUUCCAGGACUGCCGGAGCAUGCAGUUCCUGGACCUGGGCUACAACCAGCUUCAGAGCCUGGCGCGAAACUCCUUCGCCGGGCUCUUCAAGCUCACCGAGCUGCACCUGGAGCACAACGAGCUGGUCAAAGUCAACCUGGCCCACUUCCCCCGCCUCAUCUCGCUGCGCACGCUCUACAUGCGCAACAACCGGGCCACCGUUGUGGUCAGCACCCUGGACUGGACCUGGCCCUUCCUGGAGAAGAUCGACCUAUCGGCCAAUGAGAUCGCAUACAUCGAGCCGCACGUCUUCGAGAGCGUGCCCAACCUCAAGGCCCUCAUGCUGGACGCCAACCGGCUGACGGCCGUGGAGCAGCGCAUCCUGGACUCGUGGUCGUCCCUGGGCAGCAUUACCUUGGCAGGCAAUGAGUGGGAAUGCAGCCGCAACGUGUGCGCCCUGGCCCAGUGGCUGAGCGCCUUCCGGGGCCAGCGGGACAGCCAGCUGCUGUGCUCCAGCCCGGAUGUGGCGCAGGGCGAGGACAUACUGGAUGCCGUCUACGCCUUCCAGCUGUGCGAGGAUGGCGGCGACCAGGACACCACGACCAUGGGCUGGUACCCCGGCUACACUGCCAAGGACCAGUUCCAGGGCGGCCCCACGGCCAACCCAUAUGAUCCACCGGCCGCUGAGGGCGGCGCAGUGGUCACCAAUUCCUUCACGGUGACUGUGGGUAACCUCGACGACAUAGAGAGCACCAUGCAGAUCCACAAGGUGGUGACGGGCACCAUGGCGCUCAUCUUUUCCUUCCUCAUCGUGGUGCUGAUGCUCUACGUGACCUGGAAGUGUUUCCCGGCGGGUGUGCGGCAGGUGCGCCAGUGCUUCAGCAGCCAUCGGCGCAAGCAAAAGCAGAAGCAGAGCAUGCAGCAGAUGGCCACCAUGUCCACGCCGGAGUACUACGUCGACUACAAGCCCAACCACAUCGAGGGGGCCCUGGUCAUCAUCAACGAGUACGGUUCCUGCACCUGCCAGCAGCAGCCCUCCCGGGAGUGCGAGGUCUGACCCGACCCUUUGUGUGUGUAUGGAUAUGUGUGUGUUUACGUGUGUUUGUGUGGAUAAUAUGGACUACUAACCGAGACCCUUUUGGAUAUAUGGGAUAUAUUGGGUGGGUUGGGGUUGUAUGAGUGAGGAUUGAACCAGGGAUCCUGCUAUGGACACUAUUUACACUGCGUCGCACUGUGCUGCUCGCCCCCCAUACUGUUGAGGAGAAGGGGGGAGGACUGACUGAGACCGUGGAUUUAUUGCUGUGGAUCUGAAGGGCCUCUAUGGACACUAUGGAGACCAGACUCUAUUGUGCCUGUUAACUUGAUACACAGAAUCACCAGAGAUGGAAUAUUAUGUUGACUUUAUACAGAAACACCAGAGAGGAUUACUAUGUUUGUAGGCACCAAUGGUUUUUCUUCUUCUUCUCUACACCUGGAGUGGAUAUUAUUUGAGCUUUAAAUGAGUCUUUCUUACUUCAGAAUAUUCUGCUAUUGUCUAAAGACCAACUGGGGACACACUGGCCAGCCAUAAACACACCAUUUCUAUUGUGGUAAUACAACGACAACAACGAAAACACGACAACAAAAAAAUACAAAAAGAAUGCUAAGUUGGAUUAUAAAAACUAAAAAAUAUAUAUUAUAAAUUCUGUGUAAAAUAUGUUUAAAAAGCAAGAGUGGGAAAAAAAAAAGAUGCAAGAUGCUAUCCUACUUGUUUUGUAAACUACGAAAAAAUACCAUGUUUAAAUAAAUUAAUUGCUAUUCACAGUAAA